CCGCAAAGGACAAUCGAAGCGUCAAUCAGAGCGGCGCAGCAGAACACGAGGACGAGAGUGUGGUUGGAGAGCGAAGCGCAUAAUCGGGGAACGAUGACGAGGUGGCAACGUAUACGAAUAAGCUUAUUUGCAGAUGAAGAGGAGGAAAGAGAGAGGAGAAAGAGAGGAGAGAGGCGAAAGAAGAGGCGAAAGAGAAAAGAGGCAAAGAAAAGAAAAGAAAAGACAGAAAAGAAAGAAAAAGAGGGGACAGAAGCGUCAGAAUGAAAAGACGAAAAAGAAAAGCCAGAGGCCUCGACCAAAACGGGUGGAUCGACGGCUUCAAUUACAGCCAAAAUUACACGUUCGACCGAGUGCGAACCAUGAAACAGCGAAUCGGCCUUGUUGGUUAUCUCCAUAUCAUACAUUCAUCUCUAUCUACAUCCUAGUAGAUGUACACUUGUACUGUCUGUCUGUAUAUGUACACUGAUCACUGUCUGUAUCUGCAUAUAUAUGUAGAGUUCCCAAAGCGGACACCAUACCCCAAUUGGCUCUAGCGUGCCGGUUAGGGCCAUUUCAAGUGGCCGAAUCCGGUAAUUGGGCGGUUAUCAGGGAACCCUCGGACGGACUGGCUCCACUCGGACCAAUCCAA